UCUAACAUUAAAUAAAAGUAUGACCUGUCGAUACAUAUAUAUACAUAUAAAACCAAAAUUUGGUAUGCUCUGCUGGCCUUUCUGCGGGCCUUAUUUCUCCGUCGAAUCGGCCGAGGUCUACGGUGUAAUCUCUUUAUUCCACUUCCAAUUUCCCACACAUUUCCAACAGACUCAUCGAGGCUUCCAUCCACCCUGCUAUACUUGUCGAAAGGGGUGUUAGCGCCGAUGUAUUCAACUGAAUAAUUUCGUUCCUCACUACCAUUCUGUGAUGAUGAUUCGACACAAUCACCAUACAAGAGUUUGGAUUGUUCGUCGUAUCUUUCUCCAGCCCCCACAAAAAAAACCAUGGACCUUGAUGUACCCGAGUUUAUAGCUCAUUUCAAGCAGCUGGAUACAUCAGUUCGACGCACAGCUUAUCACCGAAUAAUAGACCAAUUGGACCCUUAUGAAUGGCGAGACGUGAAAAAGCGCAUUAACGAAAGAUCUUUUCAGAAGGAUAUCCUCGGUGCACUGCCUCUGGAAAUCGCGGUGCAAAUCAUUAAAUGCCUCAGCCUAAACGACGCACACCUUCUCCGGAGAGUCUCAAGAAGAUGGUAUGACGUGCUGUCUUCGAAGCCGGCCUGCAGUGUCCUACUCCGCCUAUACACUGGGGGUUCGUUUACCAGUCUUGGUGAUGACUUCAAAUCUACUCUGAUUCAUUACUCAAGGCGAAGGCGUCGCCUGGAGCAUGGCAAUCCACUUGCGGAGUUUCGAAUAAAUUUACCGUUUGCGACAGGCCAAGAGAUAUUAAGUUUUGAUUACUCGGAAGGGCGAUAUGCCUGGUUAACUGAUGGCGAUACCACCAUCGUGGUCUAUAACCUGUGCACCCAGAAAAUACAGCGUUUUUGCACGCAGAAUCGCGAAAGAUUAGGGAAACUCCGCAUAUCGGAGUACAUUGUGGCCGCUCUAAGUACUCGUGGUUAUUGCCAUGCUUGGGAACUCCAAACGGAGGGCGUUCACUCUGUUCGUCUCCCCAACAUGGAUAUAUCUCUUUUUGUCAUAAACGGCUUUAGAGUUGCUAUUUGCUUCAACGAUCUCUGCCUCGAGAGCGGGAGGAGUAACGCUGUUAUACAUUAUGACCUGCAGUCAGGAAGAUCCCAUACACUUCAACAUACUCAAGAUCAAGCAUUUGUGGGAUUGAGCUCUUCCCCUGAACACUUGACAACAAUUUAUCUUGGGCAACAACGCGACAGUGAGGGCAUAUCUCAUUGCCCCCCUCGCCUGCAUGUCAUGAAUUAUAAACUUCAUAAAAAUGGAGAUGCCUCAGUAACACGCUCCUAUACUUUGGAGUUGGGCCUUCCACAAUGUUGUCAAGGGUUAGAUGUCGGGAUAGAACAUGGCUUGCAGGAUGACUGUAAAAACAGUAUGGCAGUCCUCUAUGCGCGGCCCGCAUCAAGAACCUCUGCUCAGGAGUACAUUUUGCCCAUCACUUACCACCCAAAAACGGAGAAGAUUUGUGUUCACACAUUAUUAGCACAUCAAAUAGCUCGCCCCUUGUGCAUUACAACUGUCGACAAGGACAUUAUCUACUGGAUCAGAAACGACGAUGGCAAAAGAAGCAUCUGGAUUUCUAAUCCCCACGCUGAGACGCCUCUCUAUGCUUCCCGCAACAUGAACCUUGGUUUGCCGAGGGAUCCCUCCUAUGGGGCUUCACUCUUUAAUGAUACCUAUCGUAUAUUGACAGGCAAUUCCAAGUUUGUAUCAAUGACCGACGCCACAGGUACGCGAGUAUGGUCCUUUGAGGAUUCAAGACAGUCAGGAAACAUAUCUAUGCCAUCACUAUCUAGUCAGGAGGGUUAAUGUGGUUUCCUCCGUCCUGUUGUUGGUGGGUGCAUGCAGCGCACUUCCGUUGCUAAUUGCUCCUCUAGUUGGAUAUGAGACCAGCACCAGGAAAUGGACCCUCCCGGAGGAAAAUACAGAAUGGUACACAUGCUGGUGAAGAACCCUUCAAGUAAAGUACGUGUUAGUGCGCAAUCAUCCGAUACUUAUGCCUUCCAUGUUAC